AUGGUCUAUACCUAUUUCGUCGUCAAAUUCUCACCAGGCUCUUUCCGAAAAUCUCCAAACGAGCUCAAAUUACGCUCCAUAUUCGAACAGAGGAUCUCGUCGCAUCCCAUCGCAUCAUCACCGGUAGUUCCCGCUAGCUCACCACCCUACCGUCUUGAUAUCUAUCGCUGCCGGGUUGAAACCCGGCAUCAAGGGCAAUUGGAAUCAGACUCCAUCUGGUGUUUCCUCUCUCCCUGUACUACCCACACUCUCAUAUCCACAUACAGGAUUGUGGUGUUUGACGUUUGA